AUGUUUGCCAGAUCCGCGUUCCGCGCGGCUCAGCCGCUGAAGAAAUCCCUCCUCUCGACGCGCACCUACGCCACCGAGCCCACGAAAGCAGGCGGCUCCAACACGCUCCUCUACGCCGUCGGAGGCGCAGCCGCCAUCGGCGGCGCCGGCUACUGGUUCAUCUCCACCCCGCAGGGCCAGAAGAUCGAGAACAAGGCCAAGGACGCGAUCCCCUCGUCCGGACCUGCGAAGCCGGCCUUCACGGGCGGCGACCAGGGUUUUAUUUCCUUGCUGCUGAAGGAGGUCGAGAUCGUCAACCACAACACCAAGAGAUUCGUCUUCCACCUGCCCGAGGACGACAUGGUUUCGGGUCUCAAGGUCGCCAGCGCGCUCCUGACCAAGUUCCAGACCGAGGGCCAGAAGCCUGUCCUUAGGCCGUACACGCCGACGAGCGAUGAAGAUGCCCGCGGCUAUAUCGAGCUCGUCGUCAAGAAAUACCCCAACGGCCCCAUGUCGACACACAUGCACGACAUGAUCCCCGGCCAGCGUCUGGACUUCAAGGGGCCCCUCCCAAAGUACCCCUGGACGCCCAACAAGCACGAGCACAUCGCGCUGGUGGCCGGCGGCACGGGCAUCACGCCCAUGUACCAGCUCUGCCGCGCCAUCUUCAGCAACCCGGCCGACAAGACCAAGGUGACCCUCGUCUUCGGCAACGUGUCCGAAGCCGACAUCCUGCUGAAGCGCGAGCUCGAGGACCUCGAGAACACGUACCCGCAGCGCUUCCGCGCCUUCUACGUCCUGGACGACGCGCCCAAGGAGUGGGUCGGCAACAAGGGCUUUAUCACCAAGGAUUUGUUGAAGACGGUCCUGCCUGAGCCUAAGAGUGGUAAUGUCAAGGUCUUUGUUUGUGGCCCUCCCGGCCUGUACAAGGCUAUCUCCGGCACCAAGAAGAGCCCCCAGGACCAGGGCGAACUGGCCGGAUACCUGAAGGAGCUGGGUUACUCGCAGGACCAGGUCUACAAGUUUUAA